AUGGGUGAAGUGGGCACCAUAAGGCGUAACCGACCCUUCCCUGGGGCACCACGGCGGCGCUGGUGGAAGCAGCAACAUCAGCGACAGCGACAGCCACUCUGGUGGCCAGGCUGUGGUGACAGUGAGGGCAAGGUCGAGGGCCACACCUCCAUGGGCCUAACUGGGCUUCAGAAGAACGUGCUUACUGGGCAGUCAAAAAUUGACACCAACACGAGUUCGAAGAAAUGCUCUGAAAUGCGUUCCCCACCUCAGGAAGACACAGUUGCAUGUCACAAGGUCAAAUGCCUGAGAAAACCAUUAGCUGGAAUCUAUAGGAAGGGAGAAAAGAAAAGAAAUGCUGGGAAUGUGAUCCGAAGUAAAAUGAAAUCCAAUAAGCAGAAGAUCAAAAAUGCCAAGAGAGGUUCCCUGGGACUUUUUCUGAAUAAAAAAUUGAAAGCAGCAGAACCUCCAAAACUUCCAUUCCCAUCAUGUCAUUCUACCAAGGCAGUGGUUGCAAAGCAAGCCCUGAAAAAGUCCCUCAAGAUCAAGCAGUCUUCUAGGAAAAAGUUUCAAGGGAAAAGGCAACAGAAUAAAAAACUUAAAGCUUUCUAUCAGGUCCGAAGGAGCUCCAGGAAGAGCAAAGCUGAGCUGCAGUCUGAAGAAAAGAGACAAAUAGAUCAGCUAAUUGAGAGCGGGAAGGAAGAAGGCAUGAAGAUUGAUCUCAUUGAUGGCAAAGGCAGGGGUGUGAUUACCACCAAGCGGUUCUCCCGGGGAGAUUUCAUAGUAGAAUACCAUGGAGACCUCAUUGAUAAAACCGAUGCCAAGAAGCGGGAGGCUCGGUAUGCACAAGACCCCUCCACAGGCUGCUACAUGUACUAUUUUCAAUAUCUGAACAAAACCUACUGUGUGGAUGCCACUCGAGAAACAAAUCGCCUGGGGAGACUGAUCAAUCACAGUAAAUGUGGGAAUUGCCAAACUAAGCUACAUGACAUAAGUGGCGUGCCUCAUCUCAUCCUCAUCGCCUCCAGAGACAUUGCAGUUGGGGAGGAGCUCCUGUAUGACUAUGGCGACCGUAGCAAGGCCUCCAUCAAAGCCUACCCUUGGCUGAAGUAUUAA